CAAGUUCCAUAAGCCACGCUCCAAUCCUUCUCAACAUUCACUUUACCUUCCCAUCGCCCAAACCCUAGCUUCCACCAUGGCUCUCAUCCCCCGCGCCACCCGUUUCGCCGCGCUCUCAGCCCAGAGCACUGCAGGGCUAACGGCGGCGCUUCCCUUCUCAUCCUCCUCUGCCCCUUCAUCCUCACCGGCGCCGUAUUCCCGGCCAGGCCCGCCAUCGACCUCAUCGCCGACGGGGAUCUCGAAGGCGGCGGAGUUCGUCAUCUCGAAGGUUGACGAUCUGCUUAAUUGGGCACGCCGUGGCUCAAUCUGGCCGAUGACUUUUGGGCUCGCUUGCUGUGCGGUCGAGAUGAUGCACACGGGCGCUGCGCGCUACGAUCUGGAUCGUUUCGGCGUCAUCUUUAGGCCUAGCCCUCGCCAGUCUGAUUGCAUGAUUGUGGCCGGUACUCUUACCAAUAAGAUGGCUCCUGCUCUGCGCAAGGUUUAUGAUCAAAUGCCAGAACCUCGAUGGGUCAUUUCCAUGGGCAGCUGUGCAAAUGGCGGCGGUUACUAUCAUUAUUCUUACUCUGUCGUACGGGGCUGCGAUCGAAUCGUCCCCGUCGACAUCUAUGUCCCUGGCUGCCCUCCCACCGCCGAAGCUUUACUGUACGGUAUCCUCCAGCUCCAGAAGAAGAUCAACCGCCGGAAGGAUUUCCUUCACUGGUGGACUCAGUGAAGAACCUUAUUCCUCUUUUUGGCUCAAUCCGGUGCUUAGUUUUCUUGUUCUCAAAAUAAGUACAGUUAAGGGGUUUGGCUUGCAUUGCAAUGGCAAAAAGUUGCAGACUUUCAGUAUUUGUUAGUUGCUUCUUCCAUAUGUUUGAUGAGUGUAACAGGGAAUUAUACAUUUCUGUGUAUUUUUUUACUUUUGUAUGCUGCAAACUUCUUUGCUGUCAAUAAUGGUUAUAUACUGAAAAUGUUUAUGCAAA